CUUUCGAUUUGGGUUUGUCGGCGCUGGUAGCUACGUGUCGAAUGUCAUGAUCCACUCAGAGUGGGGGUGUGAUCAGUGGCUCCAUCUGUCCACUCAAGGAAGCUUCCUGAAGUCAGACAUCAAAGCCACUAUUUGCAUGUGAUGGUCAGGCCACUUUGACUGGUACAAUGAGUCAGAGUGGGGAAAAGGAUGAUGGAGUUCCACCCUCCGACACCACUGGGUCGGGGGGACAGGAAAGACCAGACUCUCCAGCUCCAAGCCUUAAGUCCACGAGGAGCAGCCAGUCUAUGGGUCACCCCAUGGCUUUCCAAGGACAACAAUGUUCAGAGACUAAGGUUGAGCAGGAAAGACCAGACUCUCCGGCUCCAAGCCUUGAGUCCAUAAAGAGCAGCCAGUCCAUGGGUCACCCCAUGGCUUUCCAAGGACGACAACCUUCAGAAACAAAGGUUGAGCAGGAAAGGCCAGACUCUCCAGCUCCAAGCCUUGAGUCCAUGAGGAGCAGCCAGUCUAUGGGUCACCCCAUGGCUUUCCAAGGACAACAACCUUCAGAAACAAAGGUUGAGCAGGAAAGGCCAGACUCUCCAGCUCCAAGCCUUGAGUCCAUGAGGAGCAGCCAGUCUAUGGGUCACCCCAUGGCUUUCCAAGGACAACAACCUCCAGAAAAAAAGUAUGAGCCAGCUCCAAGCCUUGAGUCCAUGAAGAGUGACCAGUCUAUGGGUCACCCCAUGGCUUUCCAUGGACAGCAAUCUUCAGGAUUGAAAAUGAAACAUAGACUGAAGAGAAAUCUCACUGACAUGGAUCUGCACAGAUGCAUGAGGAGCAAUUCUAUGGGUCACCUCACGACUGUUCAAGGACGACAAACUCUAGAAUCAAAAGAAUCCGAGGAGCUGGGAAAUAUCUCCACUGGUGAUGAAACAGAUCUAAGUUCUGUAUUUAGGGUUAUUGAGAAGAACAUCAGUGCUUUUGUGAAGACUCAGCUGAAGAUGUUUCAGAAGAUUCUGAGCUCAGAUAAAUCUGAAUUUUUUCAGAUUAAUAGCGAUGAUGAUGAUGAUGAUGUGAUGGGUGAUCACAAGAAGGUGUUCCAUGGGCUCACGCUACAUUUUUUGAGAAAAAUGAAGAAGAACAAACUAGCUGAUGAUUUGCAUAUAAGAUUGCAUGCUGCAGAGUGCCAACUUAAACUGAAGUCUAAUUUAAAGAAGAAUUUUCAGUAUGUCUUUGAGGGAAUUGCUAAAGCAGGAGGACAAACACUUCUAAAUCAGAUCUACACAGAGCUCUUUGUCACUGAAGGAGGGGCUGCAGAAGUCAACAUGGAACAUGAGGUCAGACAUAUUGAAACAGUAUCCAGGAAACCAGCCCAGCCAGAAACAACAAUCACAUGCAAAGAUAUAUUUCAGCCCUUACCUGGAAGAGAUAAAGAAAUCCAAAGACUGAUGACAAAAGGAGUGGCUGGCAUCGGGAAAACAGUCUUAACGCAAAAAUUCACCUUGGACUGGGCUGAAGGAAAAGCACAUCAAAACAUACAGUUUACGUUUCUGUUCAGCUUCAAAGAGCUCAAUUUGCUCAGAGAUAAAAAGUUCAGCUUGGUGGAACUCGUUCAUCACUUCUUUACUGAAACCAGAGAGAGAUUUUGCCGUUUUGAAGAGUUUAAGAUUUUGUUUAUCUUUGAUGGUCUCGAUGAGUGUCGACUUCCGCUGGAUUUCCACAACAAUCAGGUCCUGACUGAUGUUACAGAGUCCACCUCAGUGGAUGUACUGGUGACCAACCUCAUCAAGGGGAACCUGCUUCCCUCUGCUCACCUCUGGAUAACCACUCGACCUGCAGCAGCCAGUCAGAUCCCUCUUGAGUGUGUUGACAUGGUAACAGAGGUCAGAGGGUUCACUGACCCACAGAAGGAGGAGUACUUCAGGAAGAGAUUCAGAGAUGAGAAGGAGGCCAGCACAAUCAUCUCCCAUGUCAAGAUAUCACGAAGCCUCCACAUCAUGUGUCACAUCCCAGUCUUCUGCUGGAUCACUGCUUCAGUUCUGGAGAAAGUGUUGAAGACCACACAGAAAGAAGAGCUGCCCAAGACCCUGACUGAGAUGUACGUCCACUUCCUGGUGCUUCAGACCAAAGUCAAGAACAUCAAGUAUGAUGGAAGAUCUGCCGCAGAUCCACACUGGAGUCCAGACACCAGGAAAAUGAUUGAGUCUCUGGGAAAACUGGCCUUUGAGCAGCUGCAGAAAGGAAAGCUGAUCUUCUACGAAUCAGACCUGACAGAGUGUGGCUUCGAUGUCAGAUCAGCCUCAGUGUACUCAGGAGUCUUCACAGAAAUGUUCAAAGAGGAGAGCGGGCUGUACCAGGACAAGAUGUACUGCUUUGUCCAUCUCAGUGUCCAGGAGUUUCUGGCUGCUCUUCAUGUCCAACUGACCUUCAUCAACAAUGGAGUCGAUCUGCUGUCAGAAAAGCCAUCUCUGCUGUCUAGAAUCUUUGGAGGCAAACCUUUCCAAAUCCAUUUCUACCAGAAUGCUGUGGACAAGGCCUUACAGAGUCCAACUGGACACCUGGACCUGUUCCUGCGUUUCUUGCUGGGUCUGUCUCUGGAGUCUAAUCAGAGACUCCUACAAGGUCUGCUGAAGAAAACUGGAAGCACCUCAGAGACCACUUUGGAGGUAGUCCAAUACAUAAAGAUGAAGAUAAGUGAACAACUGUCAUUUGACAGAAAUGUCAAUCUGUUCCACUGUCUGAGUGAACUCAAGGACCGCUCUGUAGUGGACGAGGUCGGGUCUUACCUCAGUUCAGAACGCUUCCCUGGUGAUCGUCUUAGUCCUGCUCAGUGGUCGGCACUGGCCUAUGUCUUAGUGUCAUCAGAACAACUAGAUGUGUUCCACCUGAAGAAAUAUUCAGCUUCAGAAAUGGCUCUUCUGAGGCUGGUGUCUGUGGUCAAAGCCUCCAACAAAGCACUGUUGAGUGAUUGUAACCUGUCACUGCCUAGCUGUGAAGCUCUGUCCUCAGUCCUGAUGUCCCAGUCUUCCAGUCUGAGAAUUCUGGUCAUGUCUAACAAUGACUUGCAGGAUUCAGGAUUGAAACUUCUUUGCAGUGGAUUGGAAAGUCCACUCUGUGCUCUGGAAACCCUCAGGUUGAAUUUCUGUAACCUGUCAGGGAGCAGCUGUGAAGCUCUGGCCCCAGUGCUGAGUUCCCAGUCUUCCAGUCUAAAAGAGUUGGACCUAAGCAACAAUGACCUGAAGGAUUCAGGCGUAAAGUUGCUCUGCACUGGACUGAAGAGUCCAAACUGCACACUGGAAACUCUCAGGUUGUCGGGUUGUCUGCUCACAAAGAAAGGCUGUGCUUCUCUGGCCUUAGUUCUGAGUUCCAAUUAUUCACGUUUGAGGGAGUUGGACUUGAGCUACAACCAUCUAAAGGAGGCAGCAAUCAGACAGCUCUCUGCUCUACGAGAGGAUCAACAGAGGAACCUGAAGGUUCUCAGGACUGACCAUGGUGGGUCUGAGAGAAUACAGCCUGGUCUGAGAAAGUAUGCCUGUCAUCUCACACUGGACCUAAACACAGUAAACAAAAGGAUCGAACUGUCUGACAACAACAGAAAAGUGACAGUGAUGAGAGAGAAGCAGUCAUAUCCUGACCAUUCAGAGAGAUUCGACUACUGGAAACAGGUUCUAUGUCAACAAGGUCUGACCGAUCGCUGUUACUGGGAGCUGGAGUGGACAGGACAAGUCUACAUCGCAGUGACAUACAGAGGAAUCAAAAGAAGGGGAGAAGGUGAUGACAGCUGUCUUGGAAGAAAUAAUCAGUCCUGGAGUCUGGGCUGCACUGAUGAAAAAUACUCAGUCCUUCACCACAACAAGAGAUCAUCUGUCAGGAAAUCCCCCUCCAACAGAGUCGGAGUAUACCUGGACUGGCCUGCUGGCACUCUGUCCUUUUACCAAGUGACCUCUGACAAACUGAUCCACCUCCACACCUUCCACACAACGUUCACUGAGCCGGUCUACCCUGCCUUCAGGGUGAAGACUGAUCCGUUCAACUCCUCAGUGACUCUGUGUAACAUAUAGUAGUUCAGGUCUUGUACAAUCUAACAUAGACCUAGGCAUUGUAUGGGGCCCGCAGAGUUUCAACAAGACAUGGACUUCUAAGUAUGUCUUUACUGAAGUCAGAGGUAAAGAAAAGGAACUGAGAUAUGCAAACAAACGAAGCUGGAUGGAUUUAUUCUCUUUCAUGGAAAGUUAAUGUGGAGCCAGUUUUGCACAUUUUGGAAAAUGUUUUUUAAAUAUUCAUUAAAUAGUUGUACUCUGUGCUCUGCAUUUUCAUUAUAUCAUUUUAUUGUUUCAUUUACUGGUUUUCUAGAGAUACAUAUUGAGCAGAGCUGCAAGUGGAUUGAUCAGGCUCUAUCAAAGUUUCUCAUGUGGCCCCAUAAGAAGAUGAAUUGCCACCCCUGAUCUAACAGCUUUUAACACAAUUUUGAUAAAAUUUUCAGAUGUGAAAUCUGAAAAUGUGGAUAAUAGUUCUAUAGCGCUUCUUAGGACACUCAAAGUGCUUUACAUUAUUGAUCCAUUAUUCAUUCACUGUCACAUUCCCCCUCUGGUGGUGGUAAACUACAUCUGUAGCCACAGCUGCAUAUGCAUUCAUACACCAGUGUGAGUGCCACUGAAGGCAAGGAGGGUGAAGUGUCUUACCCAAGGACACAACAGACUGACUAGGAUAGAGCUUUUAUGAAUGUCUACAUUGUAAAUUGUAAGACAAUAUCAGUUUUUGGUUGAAACUUGCAAAAUGAAAAAGGUAAUGUAAUUAAUGGUGAUAAAUGUCUUGGGAAAGGGUAAAAAUAGAUAAAUACUCAUUUGGAAGUCAUCACAAGACUAUUUUUAGGUUUUUAAGGGUUAAAAAGAAGAGAUGUAUAUAUGUUUGUACAUGAGAACUUCACAUAAUCAGAUCAGCAUUUGAUCUGAAGAGUGAAUCUUUUGCAAAACACGAUGCUUUUACAUGUUCCUCAGAUAUACUAUUCAGGUUUUUUUUUUUUAUUUCCUAUGUAAUUAGAUGUGUUUGAUUACAUCAGUCAUGGUAUGAACAGAUACGACAAAAUAAAAUCAAUCUUAAAUCUUUAUAUGGAAAGUAAUCAAGCAACAUGGAAUAACUAACACUGGAUUAAAGAGACAAUAACCUAAUGCAACUACGAAAGUGACGAAAUUUAAUAGUUACAUCAUUUUAUACAUUUUAUUCAACUUAUUUUCCAGUCGCUAACAGGAUUAUUUUGCAAAUUGUAAAUAAAUUGUCUUAACUUCCAACUUUUUAAUCAUUAAUCCUACAUAUUCGUUGCAUUAGUUAGAAGGUUUCUGUUUUUUUACUGUCAUACACUGAUAUUUUGGAAUUGUGACUGUAACUAAAAAUCAGGUGAUGUUACUGAUGUAUGUUAGUGAUGAGUAGAGAAGAUGUUUUAAAUGCAGUUAGUGUGUGUCUGUGAAAUGCACAUGUCUAUGUUGAAAGUGUUUGCAGUGUAAGUGACACUGUAAUAAUCUGUGUUUUUCCAGGCACACAGUUGUACUACUCAUGUUAUAUCUGUACUUUUACUUUUUAUUUCUCAAAAUAAAAUGUAUGAUUCAACCAA